AUUCAACUCGUGCGUGGCAACGCACUGAAAUUAUCCAGGUGAGGCACGGCCACCUGUAUGUACACUCACUCCGACUGCUGUCGCUUUACUAACUACCCUCUUCGUGAAAUACUUUAUACUGGCAAGAAUGCCGAUACAGUCCGAAUUCCCAGGAGUAUCCAUCGACAUUCUGAGAGAGAUAUUCGAGUUCGCAUCAACCUCGUCUGCUGAGACUGGGCUGCGCCUAACACUAGUGUCGACUUAUGUUCGACAUUGGACGCUUCCCGUUAUCUACAGAAACGCUGUUCUGUCAUCGUCGCGUGCAGUGAGACUCUUCCUUGAAACUAUGGUUACCUCGAGAGCCUCCAGUCUUGCGCCCAUCGUGCCGCUUUGCAGUCGAGUAAAGAACCUCGGCAUCUUCGCUUUAGGUCCCCUGCCCUCUAUAGAGAAAAUCAUCCCUCUGUGUAACAUAGAGAGUCUUGCGUGUGGAUUUUCCCUUCAUGCCUAUCUACUUUCACACCACCAAAUGCCUUCUCACGUUGCUAGGGAGGUGCACUUCCUCGGUCUUUCAUGCCGAGAUGGCAUACCCUUUUACCUUAUUUCUCCAGAAACCACUCACUUCCACGCGCAGCUAUCUCUGCAAGACUUUCCCUCUAUUGCAGAAAUUCACCACUACGGUUCCGCGAUCACGCACUUAGCCAUCAGCACCCCUUUGAGCUCCAAAAAAGCCGUUGAAGUCGUAGGGUCCGUCACCUCCGCAUUGCUCGACAGCCGUAGUCCUUUGGAAGUCCUUCUGAUUCAAGUGAUGGGCUCCAAAGCUUUCGAAAUCGCUGAAGCCAUAAAUGCGCGGAAUAAAGCGAGGACCGCGAUUGCUAAUGAUCGAGUUGACUACCGUUUGGUUGCAACACGCGCACCUUCAUCGAUCGUUCAACAGUGGGAAAAAACGGCCGUCUCUUCCGCGGAUUUAUGGGAGGACGCAGAAAGAGAAGCUCGUCAGAGGAGGGCGCGAAGGUCUGUGUUGUAGGAUGUGAAAAUUUGCUGAGAAACAGUUGCAUAAAUUUGGCCUGGUCUGUCAAACCCGCCGCCAAACUCAGUUGCAGUGUCCCUGGAUGCACGAUGGAGCUUCGAAGUUGUGUGUCAUUGAGAAUAACGAUUGGAAGUAAAAUUUUUCUUGAUAUAUACAUUUUUGCAGGCGCUACACUUCUUCAAUUUCUCCCG